CAAUUGUGUAGAAAACACUUGUAUUAAUGUUUUCUAAAGUAAAUUACACGUGUUGUUGUGUUUGUUGACACUUGUUUGUCGUUCUGUUUGGCUCACGGUGAGCUGACCUGCAGCUGUUCGCCAUAAUUAAUGAGAUUAACAGCGCGUUGACGUUCACUGUCCUUCCACCACAGUUUGGCUUGUUGUUGAGAGGAUAAAGAUGGAGUGGCGCCAGCAGACCAGUGUCAGCUGUGCAGACGCUUUCACCGAGGCUCAACGCUGGAUUCAGGAGGUGACUGGAAAGUUGUUUGGUUGCAGUGACUUUCGAGCUGCCUUAGAGACUGGAGUCCUGCUUUGCGAUCUGAUCAACCAUUUGAAACCUGGCAUCAUUAAGAAAGUGAAUAGACUUUCUACACCCAUCGCUGGCCUGGAUAACGUAAGCGUGUUCCUGAAAGCCUGCGGGAAACUGGGACUGAACGAGUCCAAGCUUUUUCAUCCUGGAGACCUGCAAGACCUGUCCACUCGUGUCACACUCAGGCGAGAUGAAAGCAGCAGAAGACUCAAAAAUGUUCUGAUUACGAUCUACUGGUUGGGCCGCAAAGCUCAGCUCGACUCCUCCUACAGUGGUCCUCAGCUGAACUUCAAGGCCUUUGAGGGACUGUUAGGGUUGGCUUUGAGCAAGUCUCUGGACGAGGGCAGUAGCGUUUUGAUAAAAGACGACUGGCACCAGGAGAGGGAGGAGCCCCAGCACGUGAGACCGAGCUACAGGAGACAGAACUCUGUGGACGGUGACGCCAUGGACUCCCACACACUCCGGACAAACGGUGAAGGUUGUGGGAGUGAUGCGGAAGCUGAGCAGGUCUUCAGAAUGGCGUCCUCGCAGUCCUCCGUCCAUCAGAACAAAGGCCACGUCCCGGCGCCGCUGCUGCGAAGAAAACAAGGACAAGUAGAGAAUGGAAGGGGCUGCACCAGUCCCAUCGCCAGAGUGUAUGAAAACCAGGUCAGGCCUGAGAGACCAGUUCAGGUCAACCCUGGCUGGAUUUGGAGCAAAUCACUCAGCGACAUCCCGAUGGUUUACCCCGUGCGGAAACUUCCUAAAGACAACGCCACUGGCGAUGUGGAGCAGGACGCUAACGCGGCAAGAGAGUGGAAUAAAGAGAACACGCAGAAGAGCAAUGUUACUGCCAAGGACAGUGAGGCUCAGUGGCAGGAUGACUUCACAAAGUGGAAGAAUCGUCGCACGAGCUUCAAGUCUGACCUCCGCAGGAAGUCACAAGACAGAGAGCACGUCAUUAGCCAGAUGACCAAUGCAGCCGUGACCAACUUUGCCAAGACUGACUCAUUAAAGAGAGACCAGCAGUCGCCACGGAAGAAUAACACCUGCCCCCCGUCUUCACUCCGCCCUACGUCAAAAUCACCAAGCUCUGUUCUGCGACCUCACACUCGAGCUCUGCUGGCCCGCAGCUACGCCACUGAGGCGCCGUUCUCCCCCACGGCUUCAACUGUUCCCUAUAAUUCAACCCACACACAGGGAUCGUCACUUGGGGCCAUGCCUGCUUCUGAUGCGAUCAUCUUGGGGGAGGACGCCCACUAUUCCUCCUUGGCCUCAGACCUCAUAAAUGCAGCCACUCCUGACUACCCUUUUAGCUCACAGACUCAAGUCAAAGUCCAGGGUAGCGCGGCUCCUUUCUUGCCCACACCUGAACUGGCUCGGCCCAAAAUUUCCACCCUGGUCACAACGUUGAAUCACAAGGAAAUUGCACUCUGCCAUCAUCCGAUGGAUAUGUCCCACCAGAACCCCAAGUCCCAGGAAGAGGAGAGCCACAAGAAAACUUGGGAACCAUUUGUGGGGAAAGAUAAAGGCGAGCAGCAGGCGACAGGAGUCCACAAGUACUUGUCCAGAGCUGGGACGUGGUCAGGCUCAGCCAGUCUGCCCCGUGGAUUCCGACGGUCUGAGGGCUCGUCGCGGCUCUCGUCUGCGAUCACAGCCAGACCCUAUGGAACCAAGCCGUCAAGGGUGUCGUCACUGCCGAGAGUGUGCAGUGUGGAUGCCAACUGUGGUUUGCUGUUGAAUUGUGACAACGAAGAAUCUCUUCCUUCACCCACCAAAUCUUUGCUGAAAAGGCAGUCUGCCGCGAGUCAUCUGAGGAGUCAGCACGAGGCUUGGAUCCGAGAGAAGAAAGACAACCAGGCGAAGCAGAAUGGCGAGGAGGAGGAGGAGGAGGAGAAGAAGAAGAAAGUGGCCGCUCUCUCCAGCCAGGCCUUCAACACCAACAGAGAUGACCAUCAUUCCUCCAUCCAAACCCAGCCACGACCGCAACCCAGUUCAAACUUCAAGUCAAACCAUCACUACAAAAGCUCAGCUCUGCCUUCUACAAAGGUGGAUCACAGUAACAUGAGGGUGAGCCUCACACUCAAACCCCACAGCAGACCAGACUUUGGUCUUCAAACUCACUGGGACUCCGCAGGCGUGAGAGUAAAAUCUGUUCAACCCGGCAGUCCAGCAGAGCUCUGCCAGCUGUGUGUGGACGAUGAGAUCGUGGCGGUCGAUGGCGCGGCGGUGGCACUCCUGAACUACGACCAGUGGAAGGAUAAAAUGACAUCUGCCCUGCAGAGCGGCAGUCUGACGAUGGACAUACGACGCUAUGGCAACAAGGAUUGGAGCAGCACUGAGGGGAGUCAUCACGCCCAGCCAGGCCACGGCCGGCUGACCCUCAAUCUGACCGCGGCGGCACCUGUGCUGAGAGGUUGUGCCGAUCACCAUGCCAACAGCGCCGCCUCCACAGACCCCACAGUCGCCCAAGCGUUGAAAUUCAACGGGCAGACGGACAAUGUUGUACAAGAUGCAGUCAUGGAUGGAGGGCUUGUAGACAACCACAGGAAGACGACCACAAGUAAAGAUUAUAGUAAAAUUGUUAUGAAAAAUCAGGAAAGGAGGGCAGAGUUUUUCAAACAUGAAGGAGGCUCAGAGUCUGCAAUAUCUGACCUUCAGGUGCCAUCCCUCAGCCCCGCCUCAUCCAGCUCGUUGUGGGACCGCGAGGAGGAGCGACGGCGUCAGGAGAAGUGGCAGGAAGAGCAGGAGCGCCUCCUACAGGAGCAAUACCAGCGAGAUCAGGAGAGGCUUGAAGCCGAGUGGCAGCGGGCACAGCGAGAUGCAGGGGGGGACACGUGCAGACAGUCACAGCAGAACAGAGGUUCCGUCGGCACACACCUGCAGGUGAAUACACAGACUCACAAAGCCAGCGAGAAAAAACAGCCGACACCUGACAGAGAUGAGCCGAAAGAAGACGCGGGAUCCAAACCCAUGAGUGACGUUCAUGCACGUGGACGUCAGAGUGACAAGAACACUGAACAUGACUGGGCUGUGGAUUCUUGUGGCUUUGCUCAGCUGUCUCCUGCGCACAGGGCAAAGUCUCUGUCCACCUCAGCAUUAGCCGGCUGCCACAAACAGAAAAGAGGUGAUCAGAGGAAAACCAAAGCAGCACAGUCGCUGUCUAAGGUGGAGCUGGAAAGGCAGCAGAUCUUGGAGGAGAUGAAGAAAAGGACCCAGCUCCUCACCGACAACAGCUGGAUACGUCAGCGCAGCGGCAGCUUCUACAAGGAGCCGGUCUGUGUCGGGGCUCCGCUGAAGAGGUACGAGUCUCUGGACUUCCUGGACACUCUGCGUCAGUCCCCGGUCUCGGCAUCCACAUUCGGUCUCCCGCGUCCACACUCUGCGGCCGCGGGUUACUGCGCUCCGACCAGGAACUCCUCCUCCCGCUACAGCACCGGAGGAAUUUCAUCCCGGAAACAGGCUGCAUCCAUGGACGGGCCUUAUCACGGCAACAGUGUGUGGUCCGCCUCCGACAUCUCAGAAGAACGGAAACUGGAGCCCAGGUUUGACACGAGAAGCCCCACUGUGAGCUCUGCCGUGUCCCACUCCAGUACACCUGUGUCGCCUCUGUGUGACCAACACGCUGUACUCCAGAUUACAGAGUAAGCAGCCGGAAAACCUUUUGGAAACAAAGUGGAAACACCGUCCACGCGGCCAAGCCUUUCACCGUCAUGGUUAAAAGUGUAAAAGUCUGUGAUUAUGAAAUCUUGACAAUCUGAAUCCACAUAGUAACUUUUUUAUUUUGAGGAAACCUUUAGAUUAAUAUAUGAAAUAAAGUAGUAGUGUUUUAUUUUAAUGGUUGUCAUAUUAUCUCUGUGUUAUCUUUUGAUCUUUCCCUAAAAGUGCAUUAAAUGUCUCAGUUAUCUCAUGUUUUGGUGGCACAGUUUAAUCUCGUACUGACGCACUCUGUUCUGUUGAACUCUCAUCACCAAGAGCACAACUGGGGGGGAAAAUCAAUAGGUUAUUUAUGUAUUUGUCACGUUAAAAAAAUGGUUCUUAGCUGAAAUAUUUUUUCUAAAUAAAGUGCACUGAACAUUAGCUACA